AUGGAGGAGUCGGAUGAGGACGGGGAGGACAACGAGGAGUUCCUGGAGCGGCUGAUGGCACAGACGGGCAGGGAUGUGCCACAGCAGGAGCUGGAGGAGCACUACAGCGUGCUGGAGGAGCUGGGCAGCGGGACCUACGGCCGCGUGGUGCUCACGGAGCCCCUGGAUGGUGGCUCGCCAGUGGUCCUCAAGCUGAUGCUGAAGCAGCAGACAGAGCGGCGGGCAUUCCUGCGGGAGUAUUGCAUCGCCCUGUGCCUCUCCAGCCACGCCGCCUGCCUGCGCACCCUGCCCAUUGCCUUCGAGAGUGCCACGCACUUCGCCUUCGGGCAGGAGCUCGCUCCCGCCGGGGAUCUGUGUGCCCUCCUCAACCCGGGGGAGGGCUUGGCAGAGGAGCUGGUGAAGCGCUGUGCGUCCCAGCUGGCCGAGGCGCUGGACUUCAUGCACAGCCGGGCCCUGGUGCACCGUGACGUCAAGCUGGACAACGUGCUGCUCUUCGACCGUGAGUGCCGGCGGGUGAAACUGGGAGACUUCGGGCUCACCCGUGUGCAGGGUUCGGCAGUGGGUGCCAUGUCUAGCACCUUGCCCUACUCCCCACCGGAGCUCUGCCUGCUCCAGGGCUCUGACACACUGGAGCUGGACUCCAGCCUGGAUGUCUGGGCUUUUGCCGUCCUACUCUUCUGCCUCUGCACUGGCUGCUUCCCCUGGACUGUAGCUGCCAGCUCUGACCCCCAGUUCGAGGACUUCAGCGCCUGGCAGGGAGGCACAGCGGGGCAGGGGAUGCCCCCUGCAUCCUGGCGAGGCUUUGGCUCUGGGGCGCUGGAGAUGCUCCGGCGCUUGCUGACGCUGGACCCUGACCGCCGGAGCCCGGCCAUCGAGGUGCAGAAAUACCUGUCCCUGCCCUGGGUGAUUGCCCCCAGUGCUGGGGAACCAGCACCAAGCAGCUCCCAGUCCCCCCUUACCAGCGGCAUGGGGAAGAGCCCAAGGGGCACUGGGGCACAGGAUACUGAUGGUGGGGGAGAGGGGCUUCCCAUGCCCCCUGCUAAUGCACUGGCCCCGUGCUGGUAG